AAAUCCACCAAUCCCAGAACCCAAUCUCCUAAACCCAAACAAAAUCCCCAGUUUCUCUCAAACCCUCACUUCCCCCUCUCGCUUGCUCCAAUUCCAAACCGAAAUCAACAGCAAUGAAAACCCUCUUCUCUACCACCAAGCUCAUUACUUCCACAACUAAACCAAAACCCUCUUUUCUCUUGACCCCCCAAACCUCUACCACUAGAGCUUAUAGUCUAAUCCCAAUGGUUAUUGAACACUCUUCAAGAGGAGAAAGAGCUUAUGAUAUCUUUUCUAGGCUUUUAAAAGAGAGAAUUGUCUGUAUUAAUGGCCCAAUUAAUGAUGAUACUUCUAAUGUUGUUGUUGCUCAGCUUUUGUUUCUUGAGUCUGAGAAUCCUUCUAAGCCUAUUCAUAUGUAUCUGAAUUCUCCUGGUGGACAUGUUACCGCAGGUCUUGCUAUUUACGAUACAAUGCAGUACAUAAGGUCGCCAGUUAAUACCAUUUGUUUGGGUCAAGCUGCAUCUAUGGCUUCCCUCCUCUUGGCUGCUGGGGCUAAGGGUGAGAGGAAGGCACUUCCAAAUGCAACAAUUAUGAUUCAUCAGCCAUCAGGUGGGUAUAGUGGACAGGCAAAGGAUUUGACAAUUCACACCAAGCAGAUAGUUCGGGUCUGGGAUGCACUGAAUCAAUUGUACUGCAAGCAUACAGGAAAGCCAAUGGAUGUAAUUCAGAAGAAUAUGGAUAGAGAUUAUUUUAUGACCCCAGAAGAGGCAAAGGAAUUUGGAAUUAUUGAUGAGGUGAUUGAUCAAAGACCAAUGACUCUGGUGACUGAUGCUGUUGGUGAUGAAAGUAAACAAAAGGGUUCGAGCUAGGACUAGAGGGUAAGAUCUCAGAAGAGGCAUUGCCAUUUUAUUUUUGUGGUGAACUUUUCCUUAUUUAUCUGAUGAUUUUGUUGGUUAUAAAAUAUGCUAUUUCCUUUGCUUAUCAUGAUUUCAGUUUUGAUUGUGUUUGGAUUCGGUUUUGCAAAACAAGUUAAUCAAACAGCCGCGUUAGCUUUUAGGCACAUAAAU